UUCUCUGUGAUUGCCAAGUAAAUUUUUUGCAAUUUUAUUUUAUUUCAUGCAGGUCAUAAUGAGUAGACGUGUCCGCAAUAAAGGUUGCGUACCAUACUUGCAUACGGAAGGAACUAUAACAAAGAAAUUCCCUGCCAAAUUCGAGUGUGAUGGGCUUAGACCAUGCGAUCGUCUAUAUGCUCAUCAAACUCUAGCCAGUACGCGUAGAAGUGCUUAUUUUAAACCGUUCAGCCAUCUUAUACCUGCAGACAGUUUGGACUUCCUAUUGGUGAGCUCGUAUAAUCAUAACACAGACUUAUUCGGGGAAAAGGUUAUUCCGUGUUUACAAAUGGAAACAUUGGGAAACACAACAUGGAAAAGACUUAGGAAUACUAGAGACUUAGAUGCACGACCCCAUCCAAAGUCUCCACCUUUCAGCUUUUCCAAAUUACUAUCUCUUCAGAAAGAAAUAGAAAAAUAUAAUAACAGUCACCCUGUUGUAAUAGGCGGUAUAAGGGAAAGAGACCAUCUAUGCCAUGUAAAGUUAAUGAAUUCCUCUCACCAUGCUCCACAAACAAACGCAGGAUACUGCAGGCAGGACAGAGAUGGGACAUUCUUCCAAUAUUAGGAGCAUUAUGCUCAUACCUAAAUUGUAUAGUACAGGUCAAACUUUAAAUUAUAAACAUUGCGGGAAUUGUUGUUUUAAUGGGGAAAUUCUUGGAAAAAUAUUCAAUUGCAUGUUGAAUCAAAAAUUGUUUUAAACAAAGAGUAUAGCAAAUUUUGACCAUUUUUUGUGCCUGUAGGAUGAUAGUUUCAUGUUGAAAAAGCCCCUGAUACCAGACUUCGGCAGUGUCAGUAUCUUUUUUUUAAUCGAACCGCUUACUAUUU